GGAGGGGGAGGAGGGGGAGGAGAGAUCCAGCACCAGGAAACUGACGAUCAGUAGAUCACCUGUACUAUCCGGGAGCGGAAGGAUCACAGAGCGGAUAUGAAGCUGCAUGGGGGGGUCCUGGGUGCCUCUGGGCUGGUGUGCAUCGCCAUGCUGGUCAUGAUCUACCACAGGAGGAACCAAGAGGAGGAGUUGCAGACUAAAGUGCAGUUUCAGCUGGUGAAGCUGCAGAUGACAGGAGACACACUGAUGGAGAACCAACAUGAGAUCAUCCGAAUCCACAACCUGCUGGACAAAAACAAUGCUCGGAUGACCAUGCUGGAUCCGGAAGUCAGCCAAGUUCAAGCCACCGAGGAGAUCUGGAAGAGCAAGCUGGACACAUGCAAAGGAGAGACGAAAAACAUGGCCGAUGAGGUUGCGUUCAUCAAAUCACAACAAGCCGAAGUUUUUGCCGAGUUUGAGAAAGAGACGUCUGUCUGGGAGGUGGAGGUGAACUCUCUCCAACAACAGAUGACUCAGCACAGCAAACUGUGUCACUUUGUGAAAGCAGGCUCAGAGGAAGCCAGGAAACUGUGUGGAACUGUGGUUCCUAAGGAGAACCCUAAAGAACCUGAAGUUAAAAAAGCACCACAACCAGAUGCACCACAACCAGAUGCACCACAACCAUAGCUGCCAGAACAACAGAAAGAGAAGCAAGAUGAAAAGAUGAAAUUAUAGUCGGUUUGGGAGCCUGGUUGUGUAAUAUUUAAUUUUGUAUUAAAUCAUCUUUUGAACCUCUAGAUUAUUUAACAUCUUUUGAUGAUAAGAUGACUGGAACUUUUAAUUUUAUUAAAGGUUAUUUUGUGUCACAUUAAAGCAGUGGAAAGAUAGAAAA